UAGAUCUCUGUAAUCCCUCUCAAAAGAAAUCCAAAUCUCCCUCUCCCUCUCCCCUCCUCCAGUCUCUCUCUCUUAUCUUCCCUUCCGUGCCCUUCUUUCCGCUUCCACAACCUCCCAUCCAUCUAUCCUCUCUGUUCUUUUCUUGCUCUGUUGCUUCGCAUUUUAGGUUCAGUCAACAUGUGCGGGUGCAUGGGAUGGAUUCUUUUGGAUAAAGGCACCUCAUUCUACGUUUUCGUUUCGUUUCGUUUCCAAUCUUCCACCUUUAGCCCAGAAGUGUGGGAAAAAAAAAUGUAAUCUUUACAUGGUGGCUUUCGUAAUAAACAGGAGUUUCUUGCGUUUCAGAUGCAGCUGGGCAGCCCUCGAAAUAACCCCUUUCCACGCGUGACCAACUCCGGGUUGUCCCCUUUUCCUGUUUCCUCGGAUUUCCUGUGGACCUCGGAGCUUGCCGUGUCUCAAGUUCGAAUCUUUCAGCUGAAAGUUUAGAUUGUGCUGAGGAAGCUCUGCAGCCGGCUCGGGGCACAUUGGAUGGUUUGAUUCAGCUUCUUCACUGCUAUCAGAAUGGGGCAUUCUGCAGCUAUAUGGGAUUAUAAAGCCGCUAUGGAGAUCUCAAAGGACUGGAAUGGGAUCGAUCACGUUCUCCUUCGGAACCCACAGGGGGCUUCAGCCCGGAUAAGCUUGCAUGGAGGGCAAGUGAUAUCGUGGAAGAAUGACCAGGGAGAAGAACUUUUAUUCACCAGCAGUAAGGCAAUUUUUAAGCCUCCUAAAGCAAUGAGAGGUGGCGUCCCCAUUUGUUUUCCGCAGUUCGGAAACGCUGGAUCACUGGAGCAACAUGGGUUUGCUAGGAACAAGCUGUGGGCUGUCGAUGAUGAUCCUCCACCUCUGCCACCAAAUGACUCCGUCGGUAAAUCUUUAGUUGAUCUGCUACUUAAACCAUCCGAAGAAGAUCUAAAGUUCUGGCCCCAUAGUUUUGAGUAUCGACUGAGGGUGUCUCUUGCGGCCAGUGGGAAUUUGAUCUUGAUAUCCCGAGUCAGGAACAUAAAUGGCAAGCCAUUCAGCUUCUCAUUUGCGUACCAUACAUAUCUCUCUGUUUCCGACAUAAGUGAAGUGAGGAUAGAAGGGCUGGAGACGCUCGACUACCUUGAUAAUCUCCACCAACGAGAACGUUUCACCGAGCAAGGCGACGCCUUGACUUUUGAAACCGAGGUCGAUCGUAUUUACCUUAAUUCACCAAAUGCAAUCGCUGUCCUCGAUCAUGAGAGGAAGCGGACCUAUGUAAUUAGGAAAGAAGGCCUGCCUGAUAUUGUGGUAUGGAACCCUUGGGAGAAGAAAUCGAAAUCGAUGGUGGAUUUCGGGGAUGAGGAAUACAAGCAGAUGGUUUGCGUGGAUGGGGCGGUAAUAGAGAAGCCAAUCACUUUGAAGCCAGGGGAGGAGUGGACUGGACGGUUGGAGAUUUCAGCUGUUCCUUCUAGUUUCUGUAGUGAGAAUCUUGAAAACACGGGACUCUGAGGGAUACAACUAUUCCUUGAGGGCAUCUUUUUCUCAGGCAGGCGAUUUAAUGGUUGUUGGAGCUGCCGAUGUGUAAAUUACCGAAACGUACUUGAUAUGCGCAAUGGUAGUGACAUUAGAACUAUUGGAGAAUAUUCCUUUUUAUCAACAUUUCUCUAUAUUGUUCGAUACGUGCUGUAUGAUCGAACUGUCUUGAAUUGCAGUGUUGAUUAUGAGAUCAAAAUGCUGAGUAAUUAGUGCUGUA